AUGUCCUCGCUUGUGUUCCACCUUCCCACAUCGAUUCUUUACUUACACGCUGGUCAAUCUUGGAGACGUCAGACGUCAUCUCUCAAUCGCCUUGUUGCUACAUGUUCGUCUUUUCAUUCAAGUAGUUCAGAUCGAAGAACUAAAGAUGGACCAAGGUUAUUCAAGGUUGCGCGCCCGUCGAAGAAAUUUAGAUCGUAUGAAAUUGACAAGAUCGACAAGCUUCGCGCAAUGGCAGAAUUCGGACUGCGAGAGGAGGAUCUCAGUGAUCUUCCUAGUCAGCCAAAACCAGUGAAGAGCAAAGCUCACUCGCUUGGUUCGAAAAACGCUAGUCAUCUCUACGCUCUAACAGAUGUAUACCAUAAGGCGCUUCAGGUUCAUGGCAGUAGCGAAGCAGUGGAAUCACAUCGACGACCGUUGAUCGCUAUGAGAGAAGAGUUGACAGAUGCGGAGCGGAUGCGUAUGCGCAUGAGGGUAGAGACCACAUCAGUUAGUAAAGGAGCAGACAGAGUUGUGGCUAUUGCGUUCACCUUGAAUUGCUGUGAUGCCGCAUUCAAAUAUGCUGCCGCAUACCUGACCGGUUCAAAAUCAUUAUUUGCUGAAGCCAUACACAGCACUAUGGACACCUGCAAUCAACUGAUUCUACUGAUGGGCAUCCGGUACUCAGCGAGAAAUCCCGACAAUUUGUUCCCGUACGGUUACGGAAACAUGCGGUACGUGACAUCGUUGAUUUCUGGUUGUGGUAUCAUGGCAUUUGGAUGUGGCUUGUCCAUGUAUCAUGGUAUUUCUGGAUUGCUGCAUCCGGCGGAAUUGGAACCACUUAAUUACGCUUACUAUGCGCUUCUAAUGUCGUUAUGUUUCCAAGGAACGUCAGGAAUUACUGCGUAUCGUGAAGUGAGUUCCAAAGCAAAAAGAGCAGGAAUUAGUAUACUCAACUAUGUGCGCACCUCAGCUGAUCCAUCUUUGAAUGUUGUGCUUUUGGAAGACACAGCUGCAGUUUCUGGGGUUGUGAUAGCGCUGUGCGCCGUAUCAUUGUCAUCACUACUCGAAUCACCUAUUCCUGAUUCGAUUGGAUCUAUCCUCAUAGGAUGUUUAUUAGGAACUGUUGCUUCAUUUAUUAUCCGCACGAAUGCGGCACAUCUUGUUGGAAGAAGUCUGCCGAAACGAAUUACCGACGAUAUUGUUUGUCGGCUCAGCAAUGACCCUGUUAUACGAUCAGUACAUGACGUGAAAGCGACCGCCUUGGGUGUCGAACAGUCACGAUUCAAAGCCGAAUUGGAUUUCGAUGGUCGUGCGAUCACUCGUGCCUACUUGCAAAAAGAUGUCCAUAUGCCAUUCUUGCUGAAAGAAGUUCGUGAUAUCAAAAACGAGAACGAACUGGAGCAAUUCAUGGAAACGCAUGGCGAGAAGAUUAUCGAUCGACUUGGUGAUGAAAUUGAUCGGAUCGAGGGGGAAAUUACGAAGAAACACCCCGAUAUUCAACAUGUUGACUUGGAAGCAUUAUAA